GGCUGUUUAUUUUAAACGGGCACAUUGGCUGUUGGAUUUGUUUACAAUUAGACGAAACAAACGUAAAAAAUACAGAUUCACAAAUAUGUCACAAGUGAAGCGGUACCGAAGAUCCUCAAAGUCUUCCGAUGAUGGGGAGCAAGACAACGAAGAGUACGUGCCGUAUGUACCGGUAAAGGAACGUAAGAAGCAGCACCUGAUGAAGUUGGGCCGGAUCGUGCAACUGGCCUCGGAGAACUCGCAGCCUAAGUCUUCAAGCGAAAACGAGAACGAGGACGACUCGCAAGGAGCGCACGACGCGGAGACAUGGGGCCGCAAGUACAACAUUAGCUUGCUGGACCAGCACACGGAACUGAAGAAGAUCGCCGAGGCAAAGAAGCUGAGCGCAGUGGAAAAGCAGCUGCGUGAGGAGGAAAAGAUCAUGGAAAGCAUUGCCCAGCAGAAGGCGCUCAUGGGCGUGGCCGAGUUAGCCAAGGGCAUUCAGUACGAUGAACCCAUCAAGACUUCCUGGCGACCGCCGCGCUAUAUUCGAGCCAUGUCGGAGGAUGAGCGCCAGGCUGUACGCAAGCAACUGAGGAUCCUUGUGGAGGGAGAAAAUCCAAGCCCGCCUAUUCGAAGUUUCCGGGAAAUGAAGUUCCCCAAAGGCAUUCUAAAUGGCCUGGCGGCCAAGGGCAUCAAGACUCCGACUCCGAUUCAAGUGCAAGGGCUGCCCACUGUGCUGGCGGGCCGCGAUCUCAUCGGCAUCGCCUUUACCGGCUCCGGCAAGACGUUGGUUUUUGUGCUGCCCGUUGUCAUGUUUGCCCUCGAGCAGGAGUACAGCCUGCCAUUCGAGCGGAACGAAGGCCCCUACGGACUGAUCAUCUGUCCGUCCCGGGAGCUGGCCAAGCAGACGCACGAGAUUAUCCAGCACUACAGCAAGCACCUUCAGGCCUGCGGCAUGCCCGAGGUGCGCUCCUGCCUCGCCAUGGGUGGGCUACCGGUGAGCGAAGCCCUAGACGUGAUCUCUCGCGGUGUGCACAUUGUGGUGGCGACACCUGGGCGGCUCAUGGACAUGCUUGACAAGAAGAUCCUCACGCUGGACAUGUGCCGCUACUUGUGCAUGGACGAGGCUGACCGGAUGAUUGAUAUGGGUUUUGAGGAGGACGUCCGCACGAUAUUCUCCUUUUUCAAGGGCCAACGCCAGACGCUUCUGUUCUCGGCCACUAUGCCCAAGAAGAUCCAGAACUUUGCCCGCUCAGCUCUAGUAAAGCCGGUCACAAUAAACGUUGGCCGCGCGGGUGCCGCGUCAAUGAAUGUCACCCAGCAAGUGGAGUACGUAAAGCAGGAGGCCAAGGUGGUUUACUUGCUGGACUGCCUGCAGAAGACAGCGCCGCCCGUGUUGAUUUUUGCCGAAAAGAAGCAGGACGUGGACUGCAUACAUGAGUAUCUGCUGCUUAAGGGUGUGGAGGCGGUGGCCAUUCACGGCGGCAAGGAUCAGGAAGAACGGUCGCGGGCCGUCGAUGCUUACCGCGUGGGAAAAAAAGAUGUUCUAGUCGCCACCGACGUGGCCUCGAAGGGACUGGACUUCCCCAACGUGCAGCACGUAAUUAACUACGACAUGCCAGACGAUAUCGAGAACUACGUGCAUCGCAUAGGCCGCACAGGGCGCUCCAACACCAAGGGUCUAGCCACCACGCUCAUUAACAAGAUCACCGAGCAGUCGGUGCUUCUCGACCUGAAGCACCUGCUUAUAGAGGGCAAGCAGCAGGUGCCCGACUUCUUGGACGAGCUGGCGCCAGAGGCCGAGCACCAGCACCUGGACCUGGGCGACUCUCAUGGCUGCACCUACUGCGGCGGUCUUGGCCAUCGCAUUACGGAGUGUCCAAAACUAGAGGCUGUCCAGAACAAGCAGGCAUCAAACAUAGGACGUCGCGACUAUCUGUCGAAUACAGCGGCGGAUUACUAAACCUCUGCCACCAAUUAGGUAUAAGGUUACUACGACGCAGGAAUAAACAGAGCUGGGGAUUAGUAAACACACAAUCAUUUCUGGGA